UCCGAUGGCGUAUUGUAUUCGGCCGAGCGCCACCGCCGGCGCGUCGUGCCGCUCUGACUGAACGCCCGAUCGUUCGGUGCGUUCAUUACAAUUUUCACUCGUGCGUCGGUCGGACGUGUCGCUUAUUCUAUUUUUAAAGCACGUGGCACAGUGCUCCAGUCAUAACCUAUAGCCAGCCGGCAGCCAAUUCGAGACUCGUUCGGGGUGAUCGCAUCAGCUAAUAAUCUCUUAAUUAACAAGGUCUGCCUACAUUGCAUCAAAAUGGGCACCAAACAAGAAGGAAAUGGCUUACAGCCACAACAUGAACUGGAAAAUUUAAUGCCUGAAGAUGAAAAAAGCAAAGAAAUAAUUGUCAGCAAAUACAAUAUGGCAAAAGAUGUAGAGUCCGCAGGAGAUUUUGAUCCGUUUGCGGAAAGAAAAGUCGACAAUCCUACAUCGAACAACGAUACUCUGACGCAUCUGCUGAAAGCCUCCCUGGGGACGGGCAUCCUGGCUAUGCCGUUCGCGUUCAAAGCCGCGGGCCUCGUGCUCGGGAUCUUCUUCACGAUUCUCGUGGCCGUAGUCUGCACUCACUGCUCCUAUGUUCUGAUUAAAUGCGCCCACGUGCUGUAUAAGAAAACGAGAAAAACGACGAUGAGUUUUCCAGAAGUGGGACAAGCGGCACUAGAAAACGGACCGGAAAGUCUCCGGCGGUGGGGAAAUGCCUUCAGGCUUUUCAUCCUUGUAAGUCUGUUUAUGACUUACUUUGGCACUUGCUCGGUGUACACGGUUAUAGUGGCCAAAAAUAUAUUACAGGUCGUGGCUCAUUAUAUGAAUGUUGCAGAAAAAGAUGUGGAAAUAAGAAUAUUCAUUAUAGCGCUACUUCUGCCUCUUAUCUUCAUGGCUUGGGUCCGAAACCUGAAAUAUUUAGCACCCGUGUCCAUGAUCGCUAACGUUUUUAUGGGCGUUGGACUUGGCAUAACUUUUUACUACCUGGUCGGCACGGGCAGCUUAGAUUUCAGCAAAGUUCAAUUAGUAACAUUACCAUCAAACUGGCCUCAAUUCUUUUCGCUGACGAUCUUCGCCAUGGAAGCUAUCGGCGUGGUGAUGCCCCUAGAGAACGCCAUGAAGACGCCGCGCUCCAUGCUGGGAUUCUGCGGAGUGCUCAAUAAGGGAAUGUCCGGAGUUACUCUCAUUUACAUGCUGCUUGGUUUCCUCGGAUACCUGCGAUAUGUUGACCAGGUUGAAGAUUCCAUAACGCUUAAUCUGGACAUAAAUGAAAUCCCUGCCCAAAUAGUGAAAAUCUCGAUCGCCAUAGCAGUGUACUGCACGUUCGGGCUACAGUUCUUCGUGUGCGUGGACAUAAUGUGGAGCUGCAUCAAGGACAAGUUCACGAAGCGGCCCGACCUGGCCGACUACGUGAUGCGCACCAUCAUGGUGACGCUGUGCGUGAUGCUGGCCGUCGCCGUGCCCACCAUCGGCCCCUUCAUGGGCGUCAUCGGAGCCUUCUGCUUCUCCAUCCUGGGCCUCAUAGCGCCCGCCUUCAUCGAGGUUAUCACCUACUGGGACAUCGGCUUCGGUCCCUGCAAAUUUUUAAUUUGGAAAAACAUUCUUGUGCUCAUAUUUGGGCUAUUUGCGCUCGUAUUCGGCACGAAAGACGCAAUUUUCGACAUAAUAAAAGCAUAUUCCUAGUGGGUGGGUUUUUAGUGAGUGUUAGAAUGGACAGAUAAUGCCCGCCAAUACGGUGUGCAGCAGUCUUCUUGCCGCGGGACAUUCACGUCAUAGCCUGGCCGUGCGUAGCCUGGCCAGCAAAAAGUACCGACCUAUUGUGGCUAAGCAGUCUAAGCGCUAAGCAUUCUGUUUCAUAAUUAGCUUUUACAACAUAAUUUAAGCCUUAGUUACAAUUAUCAAAAACUAAUUUAUUAUAUGCAACUAUUAACAAUGAUUUAUAUUGACAACGAUAUUGAUAAUGGUGCUACAUACUAUGAAACACAGGGAAAUUCAUAUGAUUAAGCACGGAGUUUUAUUGUAAUGAAGAUAUUCUUAUCAGAAAACGUAUUCUUAUCAAAAAAAAAUUGCAUUCCUGUCCCAGAUUUGAGGAGAGUAAGAUUGAUUAGAUGUCCGGCUAGCUAAAUUAAAAAAAGCAAAA